CUCUCUUUGAUGCUGAAGCCGAAGAUAUCAUAAGCACUACAACACCAUUUUUAAGGACGUAUCAUCUAUCUGGUUCUCUUCCUCCAGGACUGUCGACGCCUCUUUCUCCUCCAACUGUCCUAUUGUUCCUCCUUGCCCCUGUCCCUCUGCUAGGAGCGAUGCUCAUGCCUGAAAGCUUACAGGGGGAAGGUUCCGGAUUUGAGCCGAAAGCACUUGGCGCCGUUUGGAUUCUAUUGUUGUGUGUACUUGCACAAGCGUCCAACCAGAUCUGGAUACUUCUUGGCCGUUAUGUACGCAAGUGGAGUAUUGAGGACGUUAUCGCUCAUGCUCUCACUGGCGGGGAUGGAAGGAGGCACGGAUUUAGGGAGCGGUGGAGAAAGCGCAUAUCCAGAGUGUCUGGUGUGGCAGUUGCGUCUAUAUGCGCGUUGAUCUGUGUCAUGUACCUUCAAGGUGCCGUUGAUGCGCUGCUGCGAAGUUCUGAAUCUGCCACCCUUCUCUCCCGAGUUGUCGUCACAGUCAUUUGCUCGAUACUGGUUACCCCUUUCAUCAUCCCGACCGCCAUAACAUCCAAGUGGCUCUCAGCCUCAGUGCUGCUAUCUGAGGCUGCGUACAUCGUCCUGAUUGUGCUCAUGGUGGUACAUCGCCCUGACUCCGGGACAGGCGCGGCGGAAAGCAGAACUGCUGUUACCUUCGCGAGUUCCGCAACAAUCAACUGGGGUGCUUUUGCGACCACUGCCUUCACCUCGGCAUCGCCGCUGUUCACAUACCCGUUAUAUGCAUCUCAUCUCGCCGGUCGAGUCACCAGCGCACAACCGUUCAUCCCAAAACGCCGGGUGUACCCCUACUCGAUACACAUGCUUGUGACCGCAUUCAUCUCUUUCCUUUUUUUACUUCCCUGGUACCUUGUUCCUUCGUCCGGAGGAAAUUUGCACCCGCUACCAUUCACCCUUUGCUUCCUCUUCAGUAUACCCCCCGUAUGGGUCAUCUCACUAUCACCUCGCCUUCCAACAGCCCGCACGACGCCUCGUGCCUCCACGUUACGAUACAGCCUAUGGGGGUUCAUCGUCGUCGCCGCGUGCAUGCCACCAACACUCUCCCAGCCUCUUCUUCGCCUUCUCAUCCUAGCCAUUCUAUUCCUCACGUAUCCUUUACCCGCCACGCUACAUAUCUUCGAACAUAAUUUUUAUCCACCAUUAUCCAUCCUUAUAUCUGAUGAAGCAGCGGAUCCUAGCGAUCGUGAGCGUCAAAACCUGAAUGGCGCCGAGGUAGUCUCCCCGAGUGAUCCUAACUCCGCUGACUCGUUACUACGACGGAAAGAACGCAGUCUGCAGCGAAGACGACUUGGGCGGAGAAUCCUAUGGGACAUUGGCGUUUGGCUCGUUCUGCUACCUUUCGGAAUCAUUACCACGACCUGGGCUGCAGGUCGGUUCUUGGGAAGGUGGUAGAUGUGCAAUAUUCGUAUUUAUCGGGAGAGCAAAAAUUAAAUUAUUACCGUAUAGGCAAGCUUCCAUUUGUAUCUGCUUUCCAACGGACUGGCGUUGUGAUUCUCUAACAUAGUUUGUCGACUACCUGACAGGAUCACCUGUGCACCGAGCAUCCCCAACCAAGGUCUUGACCCCACGACCUCCACAUUCGCUGCACAAUUAGAAAUUUCUCCUCUUUGUCGAAAGAAGAUUCUUCUAAGUCCGACAGGUCUUCAAGGAAACCCUCACGGAGUCUUGAGCGCCUAGGGAGCGAGGAUUCAGCAUACCUUCUUAGAUGAGUAAGGGAGACGAUGAGCAAGCCCUGUGUGAGUGCUGGGAGCUGUUUGCUUGAUGGUUCAUCGGAAGAGGGCGAUUCA